AUGCUUCGUUUUGCACUGUGUGUUGCUGGAAUUUAUGCUUGUUUCUUAACAUGGGGAGUUAUCCAAGAACGCGUGAGCACUACACCAUAUGGUAGUGAAGAGAACCCUAAGAAGUUCCGUUUCUUCAUUGUCUUGAAUACCAUCCAGUCCCUCAUUGCCGCUCUGGUGGCAUUCAUUUACAUCAAGGUCACCGGCCGUCAUCUCAAUAUUAGCAGCACCCCAACUAGCCUAUACCUGAAGUAUGCGCAGGUCGCACUCUUUAACUGCAUUGGAUCGCCGUUUGGCUAUGCUGCUCUACGACACAUCGACUAUCCUACCAUGAUUCUCGGUAAAUCCUGCAAGCUUGUACCUGUCAUGUUUAUGAACGUGCUAGUCUAUCGUCGUCGCUUUCCUCUUCACAAGUACAUUUGUGUCUUUUUAAUUACUGUCGGUGUGUCUAUGUUCAUGCUUUACCACCGUACUGAGGGAGGUUCCAAGGCUGCUUCUACGAACUCCAUGUGGGGUCUCUUCUUGCUGUGUACCAACCUUGCGAUCGACGGUCUCACCAACGCUACACAAGACCAAAUCUUUCACAAGUACCCCUCUCAUGGAAGCGGUCAGCACAUGAUGUUCUUCAUGAAUGUAUUUGGUUCUAUCUUCUCAGCCACCUACCUCCUUAUUCACCCUUACAACAACGAGCUCUGGCAGGCAAUCGAAUUCUUUAGCGAAUAUCCUGCUGUAAUUAGAGAUGUUUUAUUGUUUGGCUUAUGCGGAGCAGUUGGUCAAUGCUUCAUCUUUUACACACUGUACAAGUACGGCAGUUUGCGUCUGGUCACUGUAACAGUGACACGAAAACUGUUUACCAUGUUGAUUAGCGUAUUUUGGUUCAACCAUGUCCUUUCCUUUGGUCAGUGGGCUGGAGUUACUCUUGUGUUUUCAGGUAAGAUUAAGGACCUUAAACAAAAAAAAACCAAUUAUAACUCUAACUCUACCUUUUAUUUUCAUUUCUUACAGCUAUUGGAUUGGAAGCCUAUAUCAAGAAGCAAGAAAAUGCCAAGGCAAAGAAGCAACACAAUACUGUACCAGUAUUGGUCAGCUCAGGAACAAUGA